AUGCCGGCCGGGCCCUCCUGGCCCGAGGCGGCGGCGCUGGUGCUGCUGGCCCUGGCUCUGCUAAUCACCCUGUGCCGGCACCUGUGGGCGCUGCGCUGGAGCCUCAGCCGGGACCGCGCCAGCGCCCUGCCCUUGCCCAAGGGCUCCAUGGGCUGGCCCUUCUUCGGGGAGACUCUGCACUGGCUGCUCCAGGGCUCCCGCUUCCACAGCUCUCGGCGGGAGCGGUACGGAAAUGUCUUCAAGACCCACCUCCUGGGCCGGCCUGUGGUGCGGGUGACAGGCGCUGAGAACAUCCGCAAGAUUCUGCUGGGUGAGCACACGUUGGUCAGCACACAGUGGCCCCAAAGCACCCAGAUCAUCCUGGGCUCGCACACUCUGCUCAGCUCCACUGGUGACCUGCACCGCCAGCGCCGCAAGAUCCUGGCCAGAGUCUUCAGCCGUGCCGCCCUGGAGAGCUACCUGCCGCGGAUCCAGAAGGUUGUGAGCUGGGAGCUGCGGGGCUGGUGCAUGGAGCCAGGCUCUAUCGCAGUUUAUUCCUCCGCUAAAACCUUAACUUUCCGCAUUGCAGCUCGGAUUCUGCUGGGGCUCUGCCUGGAGGAAAAGCAGUUCAAGGAUCUGGCCAAAACUUUUGAACAGCUGGUGGAGAACCUCUUCUCCCUGCCCCUCAACCUACCCUUCAGUGGGCUGCGCAAGGGAAUCAAAGCACGGGACAUGCUACAUAAGUUUAUGGAGAAGGCUAUACAGGAAAAACUGCAGAGAAACAACCCAGAAGACCACAGCGAUGCUCUGGAUUUCAUAAUGAACAGUGCCAAGGAGCAUGGCAAAGAAUUCACCAUGCAGGAGCUAAAGGAAUCAGCAAUUGAGCUCAUAUUUGCUGCUUUUUUCACCACGGCUAGUGCUAGCACCUCUCUGAUCCUCCUGCUAUUGAAGCACCCCUCAGUGAUUGAAAAAAUAAGGCAGGAGCUGAUGUCCCAUGACUUGUACCAGCAGAGUGAGUGCCACCCUGCAGGACCCUGCCUAGACACCCUGACCAUCCAGAGCAGGGACAGAGAGAAACCACUUUCCCCCGCCAUGGCCAACGACAUUCACAAGGACCAGAGCCAGCCCCCAGCCCCGGUGGAGGAAGAUUCCCUCCAGCCCAGUGCCGUGCUGGAGCCCACUGUGCCCCAGAGCACCCCCUGCCCCGGCCCCCAGCUCCCGGCACCACCAGGGCAAAGCUGUCACUGCACCGCAGACAUCAGCCUGGAGAAGCUGAGCCGCCUGCGCUACCUGGACUGUGUGAUUAAGGAGGUGCUGCGAGUGCUGCCCCCAGUCUCCGGAGGCUACAGGACGGCACUGCAGACUUUUGAGCUCGAUGGAUACCAGAUCCCCAAAGGCUGGAGCGUCAUGUACAGCAUCCGUGACACCCAUGAGACAGCAGCUGUCUACCAGAGCCCCCCCAGCAGCUUUGACCCCGAGCGCUUUGGCGCCGGCCGGCCGGAGGCUGCGGGCCGCUUCCACUACAUCCCCUUCGGCGGAGGGGCCCGGAGCUGCAUCGGGAAGGAGCUGGCCCAGGCCAUCCUCAAGCUGCUGGCCAUCGAGCUGGUCAGCACGGCCCGCUGGGAGCUGGCCACCCCUGGCUACCCCAGCAUGCAGACCGUGCCCAUCGUGCACCCUGUCGACGAUGGGCUGCAGCUCUACUUCCACCCCUUGCAGCCCAGCCAAGGCCACAAGGCCUGA